GUCAGAUAACAUUAUAUAAAAUGAAAACUGUUUGACAGAUUUUAAGAGGAAAUCAAGAAUGUCUGUCUGUCUGUCUGUAUUGAUGUAUAUCUACAUUUGUAUGCAUGCAUUGAUUGUCAUGUGUAAAGGCAUAUCGAUGUCAUCUUUAUGUAAUGAUGUACAGCUGUAGGUAUGUACAUAUUGGUGUCCUCUGUAUAUGUACAGCUGUUGAUAUGCACACAUUGGUGUCUUAGUAUCUAAUGAUGUACAGCUGUAGGUAUGUACAUAUUGGUGUCCUCUGUAUAUGUACAGCUGUAGAUAUGUACACAUUGGUGUCUUAGUAUCUAAUGAUGUACAGCUGUAGGUAUGUACAUAUUGGUGUCCUCUGUAUAUGUACAGCUGUUGAUAUGUACACAUUGGUGUCUUAGUAUCUAAUGAUGUACAGCUGUAGGUAUGUACAUAUUGGUGUCCUCUGUAUCUGAUGAUGUACAUCUGUAGGUAUGUACAUAUUGGUGUCCUCUGUAUAUGUACAGCCGUUGAUAUGCACACAUUGGUGUCUUAGUAUCUUAUGAUGUACAGCUGUUGAUAUGCACACAUUGGUGUCUUAGUAUCUUAUGAUGUACAGCUGUAGAUAUGUACAUAUUGGUGUCCUCUGUAUCUGAUGAUGUACAGCUGUAGGUAUGUACAUAUUGGUGUCCUCUGAUGAUGUACAGCUGUAGGUAUGUACAUAUUAGUGUCCUCUGUAUCUUAUGAUGUACAGCUGUUGAUAUGUACAUAUUGGUGUCUCUGUAUCUGAUGAUGUACAGCUGUUGAUAUGUACAUAUUGGUGUUCUCUGUAUCUGAUGAUGUACAGCUGUAAGUAUGUACAUAUUGGUGUCCUCUGUAUCUGAUGAUGUACAGCUGUAGGUAUGUACAUAUUGGUGUCCUCUGUAUCUGAUGAUGUACAUCUGUGGGUAUGUACAUAUUGGUGUCCGCUGUAUAUGUACAGCUGUAGGUAUGUACAUAUUGGUGUCUGUAUCUAAUGAUGUACAGCUGUAGGUAUGUACAUAUUGGUGUCUCUGUAUCUGAUGAUGUACAGCUGUGGGUAUGUACAUAUUGGUGUCCGCUGUAUAUGUACAGCUGUAGAUAUGUACAUAUUGGUGUCCUCUGUAUCUAAUGAUGUACAGCUGUAGGUAUGUACAUAUUGGUGUCCUCUGUAUCUAAUGAUGUACAUCUGUAGGUAUGUACAUAUUGGUGUCCUCUGUAUCUAAUGAUGUACAUCUGUGGGUAUGUACAUAUUGGUGUCCUCUGUAUCUAAUGAUGUACAUCAGUGGGUAUGUACAUAUUGGUGUCCUCUGUAUCUGAUGAUGUACAUCUGUAGGUAUGUACAUAUUGGUGUCCUCUGUAUCUAAUGAUGUACAUCUAUAGGUAUGUACAUAUUGGUGGCCUCUGUAUCUGAUGAUGUACAUCUGCAGAUAUGUAUAUAUUGGUGUCUCCAGUAUCUGAUGAUGUACAGCUGUAGGUAUGAACAUAUUGGUAUCAAUGUCAAGGGUUUGUUGCUUAUGAAUGAAUAAACAUGAUUAUCAAUUAGUUAAAUCAUUAAUAUUUUAAGCACUAUUUUGAGUUUGAAUUCGAAAUUGUUUUCUAGUAAACGUGGCGUUAAAAAGUUUUUCAAUCAAUACUGGAUUAUCAAUAAUCUAUAUCUAUAUCUGUCCAAUAGUUUAAGCAUUACCUUGUAUUGUAUCUUAAAGCAGGGAUGAAUCAUUAAAAUGAAGAAACUCUUGUCAUUGUAUAGUUCAAGUUUGUAUAUUGAUAAGGCCCCAAAAGGGGUAAGUUGGUUUAAAGCAGGUUAAAGUAUUGGUGUGGAUAUACUAUAGACACAAAACCAGGUUUUUUAUUGAUUGAGAUCCAACGAAAGGGCUUUCAUGGACUUCGUUAUUUAUUGCUUUAUUCAAUCAUUUACAUCUUUUGAUGUCCAUUGUUAUUCAUACGGAAAAUGUCGUCAAUAAGCGAGCUAUGUUGUUCUCACAAAGCUUGUAAUUUAUGCUAUAUAUGGGAGUAUGCUGAUUUGCCAUUCUCUAUUACACGUCUGUGUAUUGGCGAUCUUUUUUCAUUUUUAUUUGUUUGUUUGUUAUUGCUUCUCUUUCCAUUGACGUACGCUAACCAUUUAUUGGCCCUUAACACAUUAUGCCGUGUUGAUGAGAUCCUAAGAAUACAAUAAUUACCUUAUACUUUUUUUCUUACACCUUCACUGCAGAUAAAUGAAAGAUGUUCAAACACCAGCAAAGAUGAUGACAGACGUACGAUGGGUUUGCAUUCGUGCAAUUGAGUGGGCGAUAUGGGUCACCACGAUAACAUGAGGACACUAAGAUAAAGUAGUCGCCAUUACUUAUAAUGUCACCGGGAGGAAUACUGUAACGUAUUGUAGUAUAUAAGAAGGCUGAUGUCCAAAUGAUGAGAACAUCUUACAACUAUGGUUCAAUCCGAUUCUGACUCGAAGUUUGAUGAUAGAAUGCUUCAUAACCAUGAGAAAGCAGAAGUAUCAGACGACAAGAUGGAUGGCACUAUCAAGCCACCUGACGGAGGGUGGGGCUGGUUUGUUGUGCUUGGUGCUUUCAUUAUCAAUGUGAUUACCGAUGGCUGUUCUUACUCGUUUGGAGUUUUAUUUACAAAUCUUAUAGAGUACUUUCACGAAAGCAGGAGUAAAACUGCGUGGAUUGGUUCUGUCUUCUGUGCAGUGCCUCUGCUCUGUGGCCCUUUAGCAAGUUUUGUGACUAACAAAAUUGGCUAUAGAAAAGCAACAAUACUUGGAGGUGUAAUAACAACUACUGGCUUUGUUUGUAGUUGCUUCGUUAAUUCGAUAGAAUCUCUCUGCAUAACAUAUGGCGCAAUAGCUGGUCUCGGUAUAUCUCUGCCAUAUCUCAAUUCUAUCGUCGUCGUGGCGGAAUACUUCGAGGACAAACGUGCACUUGUAACGGGACUUUCAGAGUGUGGCGCGGGCAUAGGAACUUUGCUGUUUGCUCCUAUAUUGGAACGUCUGAUAUCCGAGUAUGGAUGGAGAGGAGCUGUUCUCAUUAUGGGUGGAGUAGCAGGAAACAUCGUUGUGUGUGGAGCACUCUUUAGACCCUUACGUGUUAAAAUUGUAGAUAAGGACGAUUCAGGUACAUUACCAAAUAGCGAGGAACCAUUUAUUGCAGAACAGUCCCCGGUUCAUUACUCAAACAGUACUCCAACUGAGUGCAAGGCUUUAAGUCCGACUAGAAAAGACAUCACAGAGAGUAAUGACCGGGUUUCAGACACCACUUCAAAUAGUUCAUAUGAACGAGAGUCUUCAAAUGAUAGAAAUAUGUUCAGAACAAGUCAACUUUCAAUAAAACUUUUAAAUAUACCCGAUCAUCCAUCACUGCUUGGAGGUAGCAUUGCAUCCCUACCACAAAUGAUACGUGCAUCCAAGAGUUGCCCUGAUGUCAGAAAUAACAUCCGAUUAAAGUACCAGAAGGAGUCAAAGGCUACCUGUCCUAAAUCUUUUGUCGACAUCAGUGUUCUAGGAAACCUUGCUUUUCUUGUAUUUGCGUUUUCUAAUUUCAUUUUAUAUUUCUGGUAUGACGUUCCAUACGUAUUUACGGUGGACAGAGCCAAGGAGAUGGGUAUUAACGAACGAGAUGCGUCGUUAAUGGUGGCAAUCAUAGGCACUCUUCAUACUAUAGGCAAUGUGCUGUAUGGCUACCUCGGCGAUAGGGACUGGAUCAACAGAGCUUACUUAUACUGUAUAUCGAUGAUUCUUUGUGGUGCUACUUUGUCUUUUGUUCCUUUGUUUACAACAUUUAUACCGUCGACCAUUCUUGCCGGCAUGUUCGGGUUACUGUCUGCUGCCGCAGAGGCACUGUGCUCAGUUAUUAUCGUAGAUAUACUUGGUAUAGACAAGCUAACAGAUGCAUUUGGAAUCAUGAUGUUUCUACAGGGAACAGCAAAUCUUAUUGGACCACCUUUUGCAGGGUGGUUGUACGAUGUGUACGGGACCUAUGACAGGACAUUCUGGUCGGCUGGAGUCUGUAUCAUAAUCGCUGGUUGUGUGUUUGUUGUUGUUCCUCUAUGGAGAGGCUGCAGGAAGUCGAAAUUUUCCUUAUUUUUCUAAACAGAACUCGAUGAUAGUAAAGUAAUAUAUAUAUUUAUAAGUGGUCGUUAAGGUUUAUAUAAUGGUUUAGCCUUCAGCUGUGAAUAACUCAAUCGAAGACUAAUUGUUUUAUGUUAAACAGAUUUCGCAGAAGGAGACUGCACAAUAUUUGCGAAUCUGCCGAAAGAAAUGAAAAGUGUUUUCUCCUUAUUUACUUUUAACAAAGUAUGUUGAUAAUAACAAGCAUGUUAUGGAAACUACAAAAUUGGAUUUAAGAUGUAUGGGACCACCACUGUUUGUAUGAAAAUAAUAUGUGCAAUACAAGGACAGAGUUAUGAUAGUACUGGUAAUAUAACGCAAUAAUAUAUGUGACAUAGAUAUAAAUAAAUUAUAAAGGGUUAUGUUGAAGUUAUAUACUUACACGUUGAUUAUAGUAAAACUAUGGCUGUAUUGGA